AUGUCGAACUUACCAUCUCAUGCCUCGCCGGCUUUCACGGCGCAGGUCCCUUCCUCUCACUCACCGGUUGAUGAUAUAUCUCUAGAACCGAGCUCUACGGCUUCAUCUUCAUUGAACAGCAGAAUAGGCGAACUCCGUGGUGAUGGUGCAAAUCAGACUGACACCACAGAGCACACCCGGGGUGAUGUAACCCCCACGGUGCCCGCCUGUCUCCUCUCCCCUUCCUUUACUCCCCCAGCAACGCCUGGGGGCACGAUCAAUCAGGCCAAAUUACUUCAGCAAAUUCAAAUAACGAAUAAACCACCUAAGCUCCUCUCCUGCCUUCCGAAUGUUGAGUGUAUCGUUCGCGCACGGAUCCCCACCACCAAUGGAGCGGAGAUGUUCCUUCACCUCUAUCACAAUGACCUAGACAAUAAAGAACAUCUAGCAAUUGUGUUCGGAAACAGUAUCCGAUCGCGGAGUUUGGACGCAGUUCGGCCGGGGGAGACGGAAAUGGACCGGAUGAUCCGUGGGGCGUAUACUGGUACUCUCCAUCCCGGCCGAGUGAGCAGUUGGUAUGAUAAUCCCACAAAUGCCGAGAGUGCAUCUGAAGGACAAAGGCGGAGCAUCCCAGAUGCCCCUGCUUCGAGCAGCACAAUCCAAGCGCCGCUAGUUAGAAUACAUUCGGAAUGUUACACCGGAGAGACUGCGUGGUCCGCGCGCUGUGAUUGUGGUGAACAGCUUGACGAGGCGGCCCGAUUGAUGUCUCUGCCAAUGGGGACUUUAAAUGAGGUUGCGUCUCAGCAAGACCUAUCUGUGCCUUCGAACGCAGCGGGAGGUGUGAUCAUUUACCUCCGCCAGGAAGGCCGCGGGAUCGGCCUAGGAGAAAAGCUCAAGGCGUAUAACCUCCAGGACCUCGGAUCGGACACUGUCGAGGCCAAUCUACUCCUUCGACACCCUGCUGAUGCCAGAAGUUACGGUCUUGCCACAGCGAUGUUGGCUGAUCUCGGCCUAGGGGUUGAUUCCAAUCCACAUGGAAUCAGGCUUCUUACAAACAACCCCGACAAAAUACGGGCGGUCGAGGGACCGAACCGGGAGGUCGUAGUGAAGGAAAGAGUACCGAUGGUUCCCUUGGCCUGGAGGACCGGUGGAAAGAUGGGAAUCAAGAGUUCUGAAGUCGAGGGAUACUUACGGACAAAGAUUUCGAAGAUGGGCCAUAUGCUUCAAUAA